AUGAGUGUUUUAUUUAAUCUAGUGGUAUGCUAUGCCAAGAAAGCAUGUUGUGAGGUCGAUCCACAACCAACAAACUACCUAAAAGGUGUCUUUACAAUUGGAAAAAUAGUUCAAGGAGGUGACGGAGACAGUAGUCUAUUCUUUCCACAUUUCCUAUUUUCGAAUGGAUCCAAUCCAUUUUAUGGUGUAAGUCCAAUAUGUUCAUAUGGUAAUUUACAAAACUAUUCAUUUCCAUCGAAAGACGGAUUUCUCUAUGAUUACUCUUGCCAGAUAAACGAACCAAAUACAAUGUCGACGAUGUUCAAUAAAUCGAUUGUUAUUAUCCCCAAUUUGUCUUGUCCACAGUGUAAUUGUACCAUAGAAAAACCACCGAACGGACAGAAUCUUCAGUCGGUAUCGCUCGUUGUCAAUACCAAGAGACUAACCACUGGAAAUACCAUCUAUCAGUAUCUCUUCACAGGCUGUUCCGUAACUGCAAAGUACUCACCGGCUCCGUAUGAGGAAACCGCUUCUUUCGGUCAAUUCUUAACAAUGUCACUCGGACGAAUGAGAAUUAAACCUUCGACAUUAUUGUUAUCAUCACAAGUUUUAUUAUCUGCAUUCUUUAUAUUAAUGUAA